AACAUUAAUCACUCGUCGAUCUUCCACUUAUCAUCAUCUCCUCCGAAAAUGGUUCGAGCUGCUUUCUACGACGACAAUGGGCUGAAGAAAGGCGCGUGGAGCAAAGAAGAAGACGAGAAACUGCGGGACUACAUCCUCAGAUACGGCCAUUGGAACUGGCGCGAGCUCCCCAAGUUCGCCGGCUUGUCCAGGUGCGGCAAGAGCUGCAGGCUCCGGUGGAUGAAUUACCUCCGCCCUGACUUGAAGCACGGCCGUUUCACCCAAGAAGAAGACGAUCUCAUCUUCCACCUCUACCAACAGCUCGGAACCAAGUGGUCACUGAUAGCUUCCAAGAUGCCUGGAAGAACGGACAACGAGAUCAAAAACUACUGGCACGCGCAUCUCAAGAAACGAGUAGGGUGGACGAAGAAUGAGAGCAGAUCAACACCUUCAUCAUCCUCGUCAUCACGUCCACAACAUUCCGGCAGUCAAACCCACGUGGAAACCGAUGACGUGGAGGCUGAAGGUACUACUUCAUCACUCGCCAGCAUGGUGAUACUCGAGAGCUCCCCGUUGUCACCGGAGGCCUCUUCGUCCGGUGAGCAGGCUGCCGCCGUUGGAAGUUGGGAAGAUGGUUGUAUGGACGGCGGUUUAUAUGGUCGGCGUGGAACGGCAGAAAGGGGACAGGGUAUCGAUAGUCAUUAUUACCAAAAUUGUUAUGACACAAUAAGUUGUACUAGUGGUGGUGGGGAUUUCUGGAGCGAGCCAUUUGUGGUGGAUGAUAGUACGAUAUACGGUGGAGGAGACAGUUAUAACAGCGACCUGCAGCCAUAUUUUUGGCCGUGGGGAGGAGGCGAUGAGGAUGACGACGUAGAUCUCAUGUACCGAGCGAUGCAAGAGCUUCCAGACACUACUACUACUACGUCCUGUCUCUUGUCACAACAACUUUAAUAAAGUACAGGUGUCCCCAUUAAUUCGUCGGGAUAUAUUCUCGUUAGAAAGAGAACCAUUUUUUUUUUUUUUGUGUGUGUGUGUAAAAGAGCGAGAGGCGUAAAGGGCGUCUUAAAUGGUGAUUAGAUUAGAUCCCCCGGGAUUAGUUAAUUAAUAAUGGAAUUGAAUGUAA